UGUCGCAGGAGGCGAACUUGAACGAACUAACGUAAAACACAAAAAGAAAAUAUUACGACUUUUGAUACAAAAUUCUGUCGAGAUGUCUUCAUCACAGUGUACUAAACUACAUUUACGUCUUUCGGUAGAGACUAACCAAGGCUCGCGUAAAACGAUGGAGGAUUUUACGGCUGUUAAAAUGGAAGCUCGUCAAGAUAGCGAAUGUUUCCUAGCCGUUUUUGAUGGUCAUGGGGGUCAUCAAGCUGCCUUGUUUGCCAGAAAAAAUCUCUGGAAUACCAUACGAAGUCAAAAGUACUUCUACUCCAAUGAUGCUGAAGAAGUUUGUAAAGCGAUCAAACGUGCAUUUGUCGAAGUGCACUCGGCAAUGUGGAAGGAGAGAGAUUCAUGGCCAAAGACAAAAUAUGGCACACCAAGUACAGCUGGGACAACAGCCUCGGUUGUUAUAUUGCGGGGUCGACUUAUGUUUGUGGCAAAUGUUGGGGACUCCAGAGUUGUUCUUGCACAAGACACGGGCAAAGAGAAGUUAAAGGCCAUUCCUUUAACAAUGGACCACAAGCCAGAUGAUCCUGUUGAAACAAAGCGAAUCACAUCACUUGGUGGACAGAUAGGGAAAAGCAGGGGUGUUUAUCGUGUUGCGUGGAACAGGGUCUGCCAGAUAGGUCGACAUCAAGGACCAGUUCUACGUAGCACAAAAAUGGAAAACAUACCCUUCUUGGCCAUUGCAAGAUCACUUGGUGAUUUGUGGAGUUUCAAUCCCUUAGCAGGAGAGUAUCUUGUUUCACCAGUUCCUGAUGUGCACUACAGGCUUAUUGAUCCAAGAAAAGACAGGUUUGUGGUGCUGGCUUCAGAUGGUCUAUGGAAUGCAAUGAAGAACAAGGAGGUCGUACAUUUCAUAGACAACAUUGAGAAGAACGACUUUGAUGGUAUUGAUUGGAGAGAUGAUGUGACACACAGAUUAACAUGUCGCGCUCUGGCCAAAUGGAGGGAACGUAAUCUACGUGCAGACAACACCAGCGCCAUUGUCGUCUUUUUUGACGAGUAUGAAAAGCAGGUCGCUCCCUACAUUCUCUACACUCCACUAAGUGACGCUGAAACUGAACUUGGUGAAGAAACACCGAAUCUCUCCAGAAGCAACUCGUCGGUCGAAACAACCAAUAACGAAGAAGUUCAACUCAAGCGAGAGGAUGCUGUUGUCGGUCUAACGGCUUUAUUAGAAAGGAACAAUAAGAGACAAAAUUCCAGUAACAUAGACAAUGAAACUGAAAGAGAAAUUAAGAGAAUCAUACUAAAUGAUGAUUAGCGAAGACAUUCAUAGUCAAUCCUAGGCUUUGAUUCACUCGAAGGAAAUUUGAACCAAAAUUUUUUUGUAAUUUGACAACCACGGCAAAUUUUGGUUCAGAAUUCCAACCGUACAUCUCCAGAGAGUUCCAAAUGAAAUAGGGGAUGAAGUCACGUAUAUACAAAACAUCAUCGGCCAUUUUUGAGCUUGACCUGAAAGUGAUCAUCAUAUGUACAUAAAAAUGACUUUUGGUUUUUAUUUUAUAAUAAAACGACUAUUUUAUUUUUUUUUAGCAUAGUUGAAUAAACAAACGAAUUAAGUUAUUACAAA